AUGUCUGGAAACAACGAUCAGCGCAGGAGAGUGCCACAAAUCGAGGAGCAAGAAUUGGCCACUAAGACUAUACAAAUUCAGAAUAAGCGCUUUUACGUUGAUAUCAAGCAGAAUUCUCGUGGUCGGUUCAUAAAGAUCACCGAGGUCGCGGUGGGUGGUCAAAAGUCUCGAAUUCUGAUGUCUAUCCCUGCUGCGCAAGAACUUCGAGAAAAGUUGGAAAAGCUGCUUGGUGUUCUUAACAAGCUUCCACCACAUGAUCCCAAAUUGCUGGCCGCUGAUGGCCUAAUUGAAUCGGAAGCUAUUGUGAGGGAUAAUCGUCGCUACUACCUUGACCUCAGGGAGAACGAGCGUGGUCGUUUCCUCAGGAUGUCAAUGCUCUCCAUGGGUGUUCGCGUACAAAUAGCUUUGCCAUCGGAUGGAAUAUCGGACAUGUGUAAUGGGAUCGCGGAGCUUAUCAACGAUCAUUGCAGCGAUGAUGAUUUGGCUGCGACGUUUGAUCUACCGGAGGCAAAGGUAUUGUUUGCGGGCAACAAGACGUUCUACUUUGAUGUUGGCUCUAAUCGCUAUGGUGUCUUUCUCCGCAUAUCUGAAUUGCGGGCCAAUUACAGGACGGCGGUUACCAUUCCUGAACACCAUUGGUCUCGUUUCCGUGACAUUUUGGAUGAGUUAGCCAGCAAACCUGAUGGCAACAAAUUGGCAGAAGAGAAGGAUGGAAAGGCUACUGAUGGGAUGCCCAAAAGCGAAGUCGGUGAGAAUGACAGUGAACAGAGUGGUAAGAAACUAAAGGCAGCAGAAAAUUCAGCACCUGCAGGACUUGCUUCGGAGCCAACUGCUAUUCCUGUGGCGUAG